GGCAGCCAUCUUGGUUAACACCCACUCAGUGCAUUCACUGCGGUGCACAGGCAGACCCCCAAUCACAGCAAACCGGUGCUAAGCUGACCGGAGGAGGGCUGUGAUUUCCAGCACGGGGCUCUGCUGCAUUUUAAAUCCCCCGGCUGCACAAAAGGGAUAGCAAGAGGCUGAAGAAGAGGAGGAGGCAGAGGUGGGGGGAAGGCUGCCCUUCUUAAGACAGCAGUGUAUUUCACUCUGUUGAAUCCAGGAAGAGAGGAGGAUGCAGACAUAACGAGGAGGAAAAGCAGCACCCUUCUCCAACACCUGCUGUGGUGCUUCCCCAUCUUGGUCUUUUCUUUCUAGUUUUAGUGAGCUCUCUUCAUCCUCUCUGAGUUCUUCGGCUCUGUGUUUUUUGGCUCCCAGAACAAAAGCUGCUACGCCUUUUUUUUUUUUCUCCUCCCCUUGGUGGUGUUGAUUUUUCUUUACCCGACAAAAGCUGAGUCAUCAUGUCUGAUCUGACGCCUCAGAGCGAAACACCCACUCCCACCACAGACAAGAUCACCCAGGCUGCCCGCGAGACCAUCUAUCUCUGCAACUUUCGUGUUUCCGUCGAUGGCGAAUGGCUCUGCCUCCGCGAGCUCAACGACAUCUCCCUCACCCCGGACCCAGAGCCGGCGCACGAAGAUCCCAAGGAUCCGAUUGCAAUCGAAAGACUCAACUUGAUGAACAUGGCCAAACUGAGCAUCAAGGGCCUGAUCGAGUCUGCUCUCAACCUCGGACGUACGCUGGACUCCGACUAUGCCCCCCUCCAGCAGUUCUUUGUCGUGAUGGAGCACUGUCUGAAGCACGGAUUAAAAACCAAGAAGACCUUCUUGGGGCAGAACAAGUCAUUCUGGGGAGCUUUGGAGCUGGUGGAGAAGCUGACGCCUGAGGCAGGAGAGAUCACUGCCAGCGUGAAAGACCUCCCUGGCCUCAAAACUCCUCUUGGACGAGGCCGCGCCUGGUUACGCCUGGCCCUGAUGCAGAAGAAGCUCUCCGACUACAUGAAGACCAUCAUCAACAGAAAAGACCUGCUCAACGAAUUCUACGAGCCAAACGCACUGAUGAUGGAGGAGGAGGGCGCUGUCAUUGCCGGGCUGCUUGUUGGGCUGAACGUCAUCGAUGCCAAUCUGUGCAUGAAGGGAGAGGACCUGGACUCACAGGUUGGUGUGAUUGAUUUCUCAAUGUACCUCAAAGAUGGUGGACACAGUAGCAAGAGUGCAGAAGGCGACGGUCAGAUCACAGCGAUCCUCGAUCAGAAGAAUUACGUGGAAGAGCUGAACAGACAUUUAAGUGCAUCAGUUAAUAACCUCCAGGCCAAGGUGGACGCUCUGGAAAAGUCCAACACCAAGCUGACAGAAGAGCUUGCAGUCGCAAAUAACAGGAUCAUUACUUUACAAGAAGAUGUGGAGCGAGUAAAGGAAGAGAGCUCGUAUCAGCUGGAGUCCAGAAAGGCGCUAAGAAGUGACUCAGCAGCAGACGGGCAGGCGCUGGGUGAAACACGCAAGCAGCUUAAAGAGGAAACGCUGCUUCGAUUGGAUGUGGAGAAGGAGCUGGAGGUGCAGAUUGGGAUGAAGCAGGAGAUGGAGUUGUCCAUGAAGAUGCUGGAGAAAGACAUCUGUGAGAAGCAGGAUGCUCUGGUGGAGCUGAGACAGCAGCUGGAAGACCUUCGUACCAUCAACCAACAGCUCAGCCACAAAUCACAGAGCACUGACGCCGGCUCUAAACAGAAAAGUGAAGUCAUUGCGCGCCUCGAGGAGAAAAUAAACCAGAUGUCAGGGACCAUAAAGCAGCUGGAGACCAGAUGCAAACAGGCCGAGAGGGAGCGGGAUCUGGCUUUGGAGGCUAACCGGCUCUUCAAACAGGACUUUGGAGAUAAAAUCGAGAGUCUGCAGGUGGAGGUGGAGCAGCUGGCGAAGCACAGGUCUAAUCUGGAGCAGGAGCUGAGAAAAGAGCGCGAGCGGAGGAGCGAGCAGCAUCCGGCUGCUGCAUCCAGACAAUCCAGCUCCGCCCGGAGGGAACAGAAGCUCCCGGAGAGCCAGCCCAAGCAUCUCCCAGAAUCCCAGCCAAUCAAAAGGGAGAAUGAGCAGUUAGAAAGUGGACAGGAGGACAAAACCAGUCUGAGCUCCAGCUUGUCCCUGUCGCAAGCUGAAGACAAGCAGGAAGAGUCCCAUGUGGAGGCCGGUGAGCCUUCCAUGUGUACACUGUGUGAACAGGACGACUCUCUCCUGAAAACAAAGAGACAGUGUAAGAACUGCAGCGGCGUUUUCUGCGAGGGCUGCGUCUCCAACGAGCUGCCGCUGCCUUCCUCCAUCCUCCCAGAGACGGUGUGCACUUCCUGCUACUCACAGUUACUCCAGCAGUACGCCUCCACACCAACAUGAACCCUCAUGAUGAUGAUGAUGAUGAUGAUGAGACACUUUGGACAAAGAAGCAUUGAUCUGAUUUAUGAAACAAAGCACUUUCUGACUUCAUGACUUGAAACGUUGUGAGAGAUUCUACAAGCUUGGAACUGAGAGGAGCUGAGCUGCAGCCUUUACUGAUUCACUGAGUAUUUAUCAGUAAAUUUAGCUGCCAUGUGGCGCUACAAGUAAAAAACCUGCUCUUCUAUACCAAAAACAAAGGCAGUUUGAAUCAUCUCAGUCAUUGGCAAGUUUAGAAACAGUUAUUUUAAGCUCCGUUUUAAAGGAUAAAACAUGGAAAAACUGGAUUAUAGAGUCAGUAUUUUGAGCUUCUAUGCAGAUAUAGUAAUCUUUUUUUUACACUUUUGUACUCAAACUGGCAUCGUGUUCAGGGAAAUUCUCACAGAAUCGACCAUGACAAAUUCUAUAUACCAAAAACAAUCCUGUUAAAAGUUUCAGUAUUUUGGUGAAAACUGUAUGUUAAAAAGCUUUUUAAUCAAUAAAUAUGAAUAAAUUACUGGUUUUAUUUCUCAGUCAGAAAACUAAGCAUGUUAAGCAGAAUUUAAGGUAAAUAUUUAAGUCGUAUUAUAUUGUUACAACCAUUUAAAUCCUAGUACUUUGAGCUUUAUAUCUAGUGUUGUAUCACGGUAUUAGUAUUUGAUGCACACAUCAUCAGAUACAGAAGAACUGACAGAGUUGGAGGAGAAAAUUGUUCCACCGCUCAUGACUUAGCUUAGCAUAGCAACUAGCAGCUAGCCAGACUUUGUUUUCAGCAACCAAAAUGCAGCAAAAACCUGUUUAAAAUUGUUUAAAGUUGAGAGAAAAGAACAGCAAGUUCUUAAGUCACCAAAACUCCAGCUUACGUGUUGGAGCUGCACAGAAAAAGGGAAACGCAGUUUAAGGUUAAAACAAACUCCACCGAGUUGAGCUGAUCAGAUACAAGAAAGGUUGUUGCACUUUCCGUUUGCAUGCUUUCAACAAAUGCCUGAUAAGAUUUAGUUUCUCUGUGUGCCGGUUUUAUGCUCAGCUAUGCUUAUUUGAUGGCAUGUUUUACUAAUUAAUCAUAAGGCUGGAACUUUACAAAGCUGAUUUUUUUUUCUGUUGCUAAUCUGCAUCAGUUAGAAGUGGCAUUAAUAAAGGGGUGUAAAAUAUAUAUAAUUUGGAUCUUUGAACAUUUAGUCUUCUCUGGAUGAACUUGAAAUCACAGAGAUGCUCUGCUGGCAGGAUUGACGGUGCAGCUGCUGUGUUUAUGUUUAACAUCUGUCUCGUUGAGCUCAUUACUGUGUGAGAUGAAACUGCUCCUUAGAUCAGCAAUAAACUUUUACCAGAU